UGCACUUUAUCUGGAUGGUGGAGCAUUGACCUGUGCAGCUGAUGACGGCCUUCAUGACUUCCUUUGGAUCACAGCUGUAAUACAGGCAGCUGGAUGGAUGGUUUGAGGUGGAGAAACACUGGAGUACUUCAUGGAGUUGUGACAGAGACUGACAACAUGAAGCUCAUUUUUGUGCUGUUUGCUCUCGUCGCCCUGUCUGAAGGCCUGAAGAAGGUCCCUCUGGUUAAGGGGAAGACAGCAAGGGAGGCCUUGCAGGAGAUGGGACUAUGGGAAGAAUUCAGGAAAAAUCAUUCUUAUAAUCCCAUGAGCAAAUUUAAUAGGAGUUUUGCCUUUGGGAGUGAACCAAUGACUAACGAUGCUGAUCUCUCCUACUAUGGUGUCAUCUCCAUUGGAACUCCACCACAGUCCUUCCAAGUCAUCUUUGACACAGGUUCCUCCAACCUCUGGGUGCCGUCUGUCUACUGCUCCAGCCCGGCUUGCACCAACCAUGCUAGAUUUGACCCCCAGCAGUCGUCCACUUUCAAGGCCACCUCCACUCCUCUGUCCAUCCAGUAUGGAACUGGGAGCAUGACUGGGGUUCUGGGAUAUGACACUGUCCAGGUGGGUGGAUACACUAUUACAAACCAGAUCUUUGGUCUGAGUAAGACAGAGGCCCUUUUCAUGGAGUACAUGCAAGCUGAUGGAAUCCUUGGUCUAGCCUUCCCUUCUAUCUCCUCAUCUGGUGCCACCCCAGUCUUUGACAACAUGAUGAAUGAGGGCCUGCUUUCUCAGGACCUCUUUUCUGUCUACCUGAGCAGCAACUCUGAAACUGAGAGUGCUGUCAUCUUUGGUGGUAUUGAUCCUUCAUAUUAUACUGGCAACAUCUACUGGAUCCCACUGACCUCUGAUUCCUACUGGCAAAUUACCAUGGACAGUGUGAUCAUCAACGGAAACACUGUCGCAUGCGCCAAUGGAUGCCAGGCAAUUGUAGACACAGGAACUUCCGUCAUUGUUGGACCAAGCAGUGACAUCCAAAACAUUAACUCCUGGUUGGGAGCAUCUGAAGACCAGUUUGGAGAUUCUUUCGUCAGCUGCAGUAACGUCCAGAGCCUGCCUCAUGUGACUUUUACCCUUAACGGAUACACCUUCACACUUUCUGCAUCUGCCUAUAUUUCUCAGACCAGUCAGAACUGUAAGACUGGCUUCGGCAGUGGAGGUUCUGACCAGCUGUGGAUCCUGGGUGAUGUUUUUAUCAGACAGUACUAUGCCAUCUUUGAUAGAAGCAAAACUUCAGUGGGUCUUGCUGCAAUUGCAUAAUAUGAGAGCAACAUGCUAAAGAUAUACUAUUGUGAACCAAAAUAUUUAGUAAAUCCUUGUCAAACCUGAAGAGUGAAUGUGUUACACUGUAUCCUAAAUAUUGAAUGUAAUAAGCUGCCUACAAAUAAAUCAUUGUUCAAGGAAAA